GUUUCUCAAAGGCACUCGGUUCUAGCAAUCUCUACGAGCGGACGAAUGUGAAAAUUUUUGGUUAUUGUCCCGGUAUCACACAGACGAAUAUGUUGAAGGAUGUAUCGAACAAAACGAUCAAUACAAAUUUCGCGAGCGAGUUUCAAGAGGAAAUCGAGAACUACAAAAUUCAAAAUCCUCAAAGCGCCGCUAAGGGGUUGUUAGAAAUCCUUGAAGAAGCAAAACCUGGAUCGAUAUGGAUUGCAGAGAAUGAUGAGCCACCAUAUGAAAUGAGUUUUCAACCUGUUUUCAAUCGUAAGAAGAACAAAGCAGCAGAAGAAAUGGGAUCGUAA